AUGGACGCGGAGGCCAAAUUAGAAAAGGUGUCAUUCCGUAACUACGUCCUUAAUGCUGACAUGCAUAUCGAACGCUUCAAAAUUAGAGAGGUUGCCUCACUGGUAGAAGGAAUUGACGAGAGUUCGUUGGAAUUCUUGGUUAACGCUCUGACAGAACUGAUUCUCAACGAGGACUUGGCAAAGAAAUUGAAAGGAGGUAUCCAUCUUCCGAUCAUCUUCGACUUUGAGCAGACAUCGGGCGAAGUGGUGUUUGAGAAAGACCGGCUUCGUAUUUCGGCUGAUUACUGUUACGGUGAAAUGUGUCGAACGGCAACUGUGUCGGAAAAUAAGGACCAUACCAUCGACUACUACGACGUCGUCCAAGGCUAA